UCGCCAUCCCUCCCACUGAUUGAGGGAAGCUCUUAGCUUCACCGGCAGCUGCAGAGCAGCGGGGGUGCCCCAUGGACCUGCCUGAGGGCCCUGCAGGUGGCACCACUGCAAAAAUGUACCUCUGGGACCAGAUGGAGGAGGGGAGCCUGGGGACGACACUCAGCUUAGAGGAGCAAAUACUCAACUCCACGUUCGAAGCUUGUGACCCUCAGAGGACAGGCACUGUGGCUGUGACCCAUAUACUAGCAUACCUGGAGGCUGUGACGGGACGGAGCCCCCAGGAUGCACGCCUCCAAACACUGGCCUGCAGCCUGGACCCCCAUGGAGAAGGCCCUCAGGCCACCGUGGACUUGGACACCUUCCUGGUCGUCAUGCGGGACUGGAUCGCCACCUGUCAGCUGAAUGGGGGAUUAGAGCUGGAAGAGGAGACCGCCUUCGAGGGAGCCAUGACCUCCCAGCAACUGCCAUCUGGAUGCCCAGAAGCUGAGGACCCAGCCAACCUGGAGAGCUUUGGAGGCGAAGACCCCAGACCUGAGUUGCCCGCCACUGCCGACCUGCUGAGCAGCCUAGAGGAUUUGGAGCUCAGCAACCGCCGGCUGGCAGGGGAGAAUGCCAAACUGCAGCGCAGUGUGGAGACAGCCGAGGAGGCGUCCGCGCGCCUUGGGGAAGAGAUUCUGGCCCUGCGGAAGCAGCUCCGCAGUACCCAGCAGGCUCUGCAGUUUGCCAAGGCUGUGGAUGAAGAGCUAGAGGAUCUGAAGACUCUGGCCAAGAGCCUGGAGGAACAGAACCGCAGCCUUCUGGCCCAGGCCCGGCAGACGGAAAAGGAGCAGCAGCACCUGGUGGCUGAGAUGGUGAUUCUGCAGGAGGAGAACGGGAAGCUACUGGCUGAGUGUGAUGGAGUGAAGAGGAGGAGUGAGGAGCUGGCCACCGAGAAGGAUGCUUUGAAGCGGCAGCUCUAUGAGUGUGAACGCCUCAUUUGCCAACGAGAUGCCAUCCUCUCCGAGCGCACUCGCCAUGCCGAGAGUCUGGCCAAGACCUUGGAGGAUUACAGAACCACAACCCAGGAACUGAGGCUGGAAAUCUCACACUUGGAGGAGCAGCUGAGUCAGACCCAUGAGGGUCUGGAUGAGCCUCCCGAAGGGGCUCAGGUGAGGAGAGUGGACUGGACCAGGCUGCUGCCACCAUCACUGGGUGUGGAGAUCCAGGCCAUUCAACAGAAACAAGAAGUGGCAGCCUCAGGUCUCUCCAGCCCUCUGUGUGGAGUGUGGCGGUGGGAGGAGGUCGUCCAUGAAAGCGAUGAGGAAGCUGAGUUUCCACCUGAAGCCCCACCUGGGGGGCAGAACAACUUGCAGGGAGAACCAGCACACCCUCCUGACGAAAGGAAGGAGCAAUCGAUGUGGUUGCCCAGAAGAGAGGAAGAAGAGGAAGCGGAGAGCCAGGUGACGGUGGAUCUACCCAUCCCUCUGGGAGACUCAGACCCUGCAGACAUCCCAGGAACCCCUCCUGAGAGUCCCUCAGAGCCAGAGCCGCAGCUAGCCCUGGUGCCGGUGGUGAGGGAGCUGGUCCCAGUCAGGAGGCCCAUCUGGAGCCAGCUCUGCCUGUGCCCCUUGCACUCCCAACAUCUCAGGGUCACUCGGCACCCACUUAUCCCGGUACCAGUCCUGGGCCUGCUGCUGCUGCUGCUGCUCUCGGUCCUGCUGCUGGGCCAGUCUCCGCCCCCCACCUGGCCCCACCUCCAGCUCUGCUACCUCCAGCCUCCUCCAGUGUGAGCCGUGCUCCCCACCGCCUCAGAGCAAAGUCUGGCUCAAUGAAUUUCCCAGAGCUCUUGUUACUGUUAUUCCCAUGGUUGUGCCACUGUGACUUGGGAUUACCCAUUGCUAGGACCCCAGACACUGUGCUCCAGAAUCCA